AUGGUGCAGCCAUUCACCACAAUCCCAUUUCCGCCACCCCCACAGAAUGGGAUUCCCACAGAGUAUGGGGUGCCACACACUCAGGACUAUGCAGGCCAGACCAGCGAGCACAAUCUGACGCUCUACGGAAGCACGCAGCCACAUGGAGAGCAGAGCACGAACACGGCCAGCACGCAGAACGGAUCUCUCGCAGUAACGGUUCCACAGACAGAAGGAGGGGCACAGACAGAUGGACAGCAAUCACAGACACAGAGCAGUGAGAAUACCGAGAGCAAAUCCACUCCAAAACGACUUCAUGUGUCUAACAUUCCCUUCCGCUUUCGAGAUCCUGACCUUCGGCAGAUGUUUGGGCAAUUCGGCAAAAUCCUUGAUGUAGAGAUAAUCUUUAAUGAGCGUGGCUCCAAGGGAUUCGGGUUCGUAACUUUCGAGAAUAGUGCUGAUGCAGACAGGGCCAGGGAGAAAUUACACGGCACCGUGGUAGAGGGCCGUAAAAUCGAGGUUAACAACGCGACUGCGCGAGUGAUGACCAAUAAGAAGAUGGUCACACCUUAUGCAAAUGGUUGGAAGUUGAGUCCUGUGGUUGGAGCGGUGUACGGCCCUGAGUUAUAUGCAGUUCCAGGCUUCCCCUAUCCAACUGCAGCCACCACAGCAGCCGCGUUUCGGGGAGCCCAUCUGAGGGGCCGAGGAAGGACAGUGUAUGGGGCAGUCCGGGCGGUACCUCCCACAGCCAUCCCUGCCUACCCAGGUGUGGUUUACCAGGACGGAUUUUACGGUGCUGACCUCUAUGGUGGAUACGCAGCCUACAGAUAUGCACAGCCUGCUACUGAUCCAGCCGCUGCAGCAGCUUACAGCGAUGGUUAUGGCAGGGUGUACACAGCAGAUCCUUACCAUGCCCUUGCCCCUGCCGCUAGCUACGGAGUUGGCGCUGUGGCGAGUUUAUACCGAGGUGGCUACAGCCGAUUUGCCCCCUACUGA